GCGACCGACGCCCCCAACCUGCCCCGCGUUACCGGCACCGUGUGGCAGGGCCACGAGGAGAGACAGACCGGAGAGAUGGGAGUUCCAUUUCUGGUUUAGGGCAGUGUAGCGCAUCUGAGGCGAGGAGGCGGCAGCCGAGGGAGGGAACAUACCGAAGAGCAGAUUCAUUAGGAGGGACUGUGGGCUGGGAGCGCGUACAGACUAUUCCGGUGUGUGGAUCAGGUGCCCGGCGGGUGUGGAUCAGGUGAGCCGUGGAGAGAUGGGUGCCCCGUCCACAUAGGACCCCCCCCUCCGAUGGACCCUGGUGGAGACCCGGUAUAUGUGUGUAAUGGCCACUGCACUGCACAGAGGUGCUGAGCUGGUCAGCUCAGCAGAAAGCAAGAGAACGGAGCCCAGAGUGAAGGAGAAAACAGGCUCAUGGGCCUCCCACAUGACCAACUCGCCCACCAUGAUCGUGAUGAUCGGCCUACCAGCACGCGGCAAAACCUACAUGUCCAAGAAGCUCACUCGCUACCUUAACUGGAUCGGCGUGCCCACCAAAGUGUUUAACCUGGGCCAGUAUCGGCGCGAGGCUGUCAAGUCCUACAAGUCCUAUGAUUUCUUCAGACAUGACAACGAGGAAGCCAUGAAGAUUCGCAAACAGUGUGCCUUGGUGGCCCUACAGGAUGUCAAGGUUUACCUGGGCGAGGAGGGAGGUCAGAUCGCUGUAUUUGAUGCCACUAACACCACCAGGGAAAGAAGAGACCUCAUCCUGGAUUUUGCAAAGGAGAAUGCAUUUAAGGUGUUUUUCGUGGAGUCAGUGUGUAAUGACCCAGAGGUGAUUGCAGCCAAUAUCUUGGAUGUGAAGGUGUCCAGCCCAGAUUACCCAGAGAGAGACAGGGAGCGAGUUAUGGAUGACUUCCUCAAGAGGAUCGAAUGCUACAAGGUCACCUACCAAGCUCUGGAUCCAGAUGAAUACGAUAGGGACAAGUCCUUCAUCAAGGUGAUCAAUGUGGGCCAGCGCUUCCUCGUCAACCAAGUGCAGGACUACAUCCAGAGUCGCAUCGUCUACUACCUCAUGAACAUCCACGUGCAUUCGCACUCCAUCUACCUGUGCCGGCACGGCGAGAGCGAGCACAACGUGCAGGGCCGCAUCGGCGGUGACUCCGCGCUCUCCCCGCGCGGGAGGCAGUUCUCCCAUGCUCUGCGGGAUUUCAUUGAGGAGCAGAGCCUCCCAGACCUGAAGGUCUGGACCAGUCAACUGAGGAGAACCAUCCAGACGGCCGAGGAGCUGGGCGUGCCCUACGAGCAGUGGAAGAUCCUCAACGAGAUUGACGCGGGGGUUUGUGAGGAGAUGACCUAUGAGAUGAUCGAGGAUUCCUACCCAGAAGAGUUUGCGCUCAGGAACCAGGACAAGUACCACUACCGUUACCCAGGCGGAGAGUCCUACCAGGACCUGGUGCAGAGGCUUGAACCCGUGAUCAUGGAGCUAGAGAGACAGGGCAACGUGCUGGUGAUCUGCCACCAGGCCGCCAUGCGCUGCCUGCUGGCCUACUUCCUGGACAAAAGUGCAGACGAGCUGCCUUACCUGAACUGCCCUCUCCAUGAGGUCCUCAAACUCACCCCAGUGGCUUAUGGUUGCAAAGUGGACAGGUUCGACCUGAAGGUGGAGGCUGUGAGCACCCAGCGGGACCGUCUGACAGACUUGGCCCAGAGGAACUGCCUACCUGGCCUCCCCCGGCGGAUUAGUUUCACCCCCCUGUCCAGUCACGAGCAGGCCAAGCGCCCCCGCUGCAACACUGACAGCCAGUCGGGGCUGCCCCUCACCCCCUCUCCGGGGGCCCUGCAGUUGUCCGAGUCGCCAGAGGGGGCAGCAAUUCCAGAAAGCCAAAGCACAGCCGGAGGAGCCUGCCAGCACGGGAGACGCUGCCUCAUGUCUGGAAAGGAGGGUGUUCCCGAAGCAGGCCGGCGUGUCCAGCGGCACCUCAUCCAGCUGUCCCCGAGAAGGGGUGACAAGAAAGGCUGCCUCUUUACGGGAUCGCGUCUUCUGCUUCUAACCGGUCACACAGGAAACGGUUUUGGUUUUUUUUUUUAUUAUGUCUCUGAAGCUAAGUCAUUGUCUUAUGGGCUGGGCAGCGUCUGCUGGGUUUCGUUGUUUUUAAGUUUUUUUCCGUUUGGCGGAAGUGGGAUUAUGGAUAUUGUUGUAUGAGCCCUGUGGUCAGUGUUACGCAAAAGUCGUGAGGAAAAAGUAGGCGGCUGGCAAAACGCCCGUGCUCCGUAAAUGCAGGGUUCGCCCUCGGGUACCACCCGGUUUAACCGCACGCUGCGGGCUAUGACCCACCAGACAGCGUGGGAUCAGCGCGACAAACAACAGCGAUUACAUGUGCACUAUCAGAGGCAGUGUCUUUGUCUUGUACAAUGUAGGCGGAUGUUAUGCUUGAACAUGGACAGAUUAUAAUAAUUAUUAUAAAUAGCCAUCAGUGGGGCAGAUAACAAAUAUAACAAAUAAAAAACAGAAUGUUCUGUUUCCAGAUAUCGUAUGGGUGGCACCUGGCUGCCGUCGAAGAAUUUCUGUAUAGGUCUUUGCUUUUCAUUUCAUGGUGUGAUGAUUUGCGCUCAUUAUUCCUUUCCAGCGAGAUUCAGGCCUGUCUUAAACUAGCCGGCACCCCGACAGGAAUGAGAUACGCAUUUAUGAUGCAUUUCUCACAAGCCACGCAGGACCCUCCUUUAUCCCAAAUACAACAAAUGUUUUCAUUUGUGUGUAUUUGUCACCAACAAGCAUCUUAAAUGAGUCUACACAUUAUUUUUAAGUUUGAAACACGCGUAAAGAUAUUGUGCUAAAGAGAAUCAUCAUUCUUAACGCAAAAGUAAUAUUAGAGUAUUGAGAGGAGAAUUGUAUGGCGUGCUGUUAUUUGAUUCAAGUCAGAAUGAAGAUUAUAUUUAUUAAGACUCAUUUGCCAUUGGAUGCAAGAAUAACAGUCGAAUCCAACUAGUGCAGUAGCCUACUGCAUGGUUUCUGUGCUACAAACCGACAUGGGAUUGUUUUAGGCACACUGCCAUUUAUGUAAAUCUAUUAAUAGACUAUUGUGGAUUUCCAGUCUAGCAGCUGUGUAAUGCUGGUUUUGUAUAAUUGGCACAAGCUGUACCGGAAUAUACUGUGAAGGGAAGUUUUUUUAUUUAUUUAAUGGACAUAUUUUGCACUUACUCCGGUUCCCCACAAUCCAAAAACAUGCUGAGGCUAAUUGGACUUGCUAAAUUUCCCGUAGGAAUGCGUGUGUGAGUGACUGGUGUGUGAGUGUGCCCUGCGAUGGGCUGGCCCCCCAUCCUGGGAUGUUCCCUGCCUCGUGCCCAUUGCUUCCGGGAUAGGCUCUGAGCCCCCCGCGACCCAGUAGGAUAAGUGGUUUGGAAAAUAGAUGGAUGGAUGGAUAUUUUGACCCGCGGCCCAGUAGGACAAGCGGCUUGGAAAAUGGAUGGAUGGAUAUUUUGGACAAAGUAAGACAAGAGGUGUGAAGUAUAGGAUCGUGUUAUCGAUUAGGCCUACAUGCUGCUCAAUCAUACAGUCAACGUCUUACACAAUAAAUGGUUUAUGGGUGAUACUCAAGGGCAGCAUUUAAAUUAGGCCUAUAUGUCAAUGUCUCACACAGUGCUGUCAGCGCGACAUUAAUCUUUCGUGUAUCAUUUUUUGUUUCACUCACUUCUCAAUUUAUGGCCAUGCGUCUGUGAAUAAAAUCUAUAUUUCUGCAAACUGUAGCCUGGUUCUUCCCUGCUUCUCAUUAAUGAAGGGCUUCUUCCUUUCUUUAUGGGACUUCAGUCCAGCUUAUAGGAGCCUGAUAUGACCUGUCCUUGCAGUGCUCCUCACACCUGCACUUAAUGUUUCCCGUUCCAUUUUAAGGUAUCUUCAUGUCAUCCUUCGAUUCAUGAGAAACUGUCAAAUAAGUUAACGGUCAUCUCUGGCCUUAGAAUGUUGCUUCCGCCUUUUACCUGGCUGGUUUCUGGUCAUUCCCAGUGUCUCCUGCUUCACCUUAUGUUUGUGUACUGCUGUCUUAGAAAUUUUGAACCUGAAAACAACCUGCUGCUCAGCGUAGCCUUCCGCCAGCAAAACCACGAUUAAACUAGGAUUUAAAAAUGCAGAUUUGUUUAAAAAUAUAGAACGGUCUCUUCAUUUUUUCCGCGGCUGUAUAGUCAAACAAAUGCAAUAACGAUUGAAAUAUCUACUAAAUCAUUAAUUACUAGUUAAAUGAUGACCUUCGCCUCGCCCGCGGAGGGUUUUAAUCUCACCUUUGUGUGUGUGGAGGUAACAUGUGAAAUUUAUUAGUAAAUUUAUUUUUACUGGGAAAAAUG